AUGUCGCGCCUGGCGUGCAAGCUGCUGAGAACACAGGUGUGGCCGGCACGCCACCUGGCGCACGGCUCUGUGCGGUAUGGCCUUGACGAGGGACGGACCGAGGCCAUCCCCACGUUUGAAAUGUGCGGCGACUCGGGCUUGACUGCCUUUCCUGCUGUUGUCACCCAACAGGCCUUUCUGCGCGAAGUCAAGCUUGCCCGCAACGCCAUCACCGAGCUCCCGGACGGGCUAGGCGAGAUGAGCAAUCUCGCCCUUCUUGACGUGUCGUACAACGCGCUGCGGAGCCUGUCGCCUGCAGUCGCGCGGCUGAGCUCGCUGGAGAACCUCAACGUGGCCGGCAACGAGCUCAGCGGCGACGAGGCGUGGCCGGCAAGCCUUCCGGCCUCGUUGCACACGCUUAACGCGGCAGGAGCGGGCCUGGAGUCUGUGCCGGAUGCAAUUGCUACACUGAGCGCGGUCAUGACGCUCAAUCUUGCUAGCAACGCGCUGACAGUGCUCGGCUGUGGUGUCGACGGCGGGUGGGCGCGGCUGCACACGCUCGACGUCUCGCGCAACCUUCUUUGCUCGUUGCCGGACGAGCUUGGUUCACUUUCAUCGCUCAUGUUUCUCAACGCGUCGUACAACGCGCUACAGUCUGUUCCGGCGUCGGUGGGUGAGCUCGACCGGCUUGUCACGCUCAAUGUGGCACACAACGAGCUGGCAAGUCUGCCCUCGAGCGUGUGGAAGCUUUCCUCGCUUCGGACACUCAACGCAUCGUUCAACGUUAUUGCCUCGCUGCCGUGCAACGCCGACGAGAUGCCGGCCAACGGCUCACUGCAAACAGUGCUUCUCAUCGGCAAUGGCCUGCAACAGCUGCCGUGGGCGGCGCUGGGGAGCUCGGCGCGGUCGCUGCGGACGCUUGAGCUGUCGUGCAACCCUGAACUUGGCGAAGAUCUCGUGUCCGAGGCUGCGUGUGAGGUUGGGCCACUCUUGACGCGGCUGACGUGGGUGAACAUGACAUGCUGCGGCGUCGGCGCGUGGCCGGCAUGGCUCGGUGCGCUGUCUGCGCUCGAGACCUGCAUCUUGUGGGGCAACGUUGGAGCGUGGCCAGACCGCAGCUGCGCGUCGCCGGUAGGGAGCAAGGUGGUGACACUCUCUCUGGGCGCGACAGGCGCAGGCCCCGAGGUGCUCGACGCGCUCGACGCCGUGGUUGACCAGCUCAAGGAGCUUGACCUCGGCCACAACCCCGAGGUCGAUGGCUCGACGCUUGCACCACGAGUUGAGUGUAUCUCGCUGGCUGGCACCUCGGGCUUGGCGCCAAACAUGCCUCCAGAGGGAACUGCAGCCGACGAAGACGAGUUGGCCGGGGUUAUCGAUGCGCUGGCUGCACGCUGGGCAGUGGCGGCGCGGGUGGGACGGCGGGAGGAUAUGGAGGAUGCGCACUGUGUGGGGCAGGCGAGCGUGCCGGCUCACGCGGUGGCGGCACUUGGCAAGACGUUGGCAACGUUUGCGGUGUUUGACGGCCACAUGAACGCGGUGGCAUCGACGUUUGCGGCCAAGGCAUGGGAGGCGGCGCUGCAGGAGGCGCUUGUGGCAAGCUGCCGUGCCGGCGAUGCUGCCGAAGACAUGGUGGGUGCCGCGCUGAUUGCGGCACUGGCUGCUGUGGAGGCGAAUCUUGAGGCUGCUCACACUGGCGAUGCUGCUGGCGGCACGACCGCUGUUGUGGCUGUGCUCUAUGCGCCGCCCGGGAGUCGGGAAGUGCGGUGCAGCGUGGCCAACGUCGGCGACUCGCGUGCCGCGGUAGUGGACGCUGCCGGCGGGUGUUUUGGCUGA